AAUAACUAUUGUAAUUAUCGUACCUAAUAAUGAGUACGUUUACACGGACACCUAACACCGGUUUUAUAACUACGGAUGUUUCUAAAACCGACGUUAAAUCGCGUGUAAACAAUGUGGUACAACCGAUGUUAUAAAUCCGGUUUCUUAACGCUACACCUCUUUAUAAUCGGGCGUGACGUUAUAACAUCGGUUUUAGGAACGCGUGUAAACAGCAUAAGCGGAUGUAAGUACAACCAAGCCAAUUAAAUUUCCCUAGAAGUUAAAAUAAAUGGCGGCAGCUGCCUUAACCUAAAAGAUGCAAAUUCCUGCAUUUGCACAAACUGAUAAACAAGUAAGAAAUCCCGCUAAUUAUCUAUUGUUUGAAUAGGUUUGGAUCAAGUUACUUUCCCUUUUUGUGUGUUAUUUGCUGCGUUACUCAUUUCUUCUCUGAUGGGUGUCCAGAGCGUUUUACCUCUUUCAUAAAGUAGUUUUCUAAUUAAAUUUUGUUGUUUAUAGUGGUGUAGUUUGUAGUUUAUAGAUAUUUUAGAAUACGUAGAUUUUUAUUUUUUAAUUAAAAUGUGUAGUGCUGCAAAACGUGAUACGUGGGAAGUAGAGGAAACACGGUUCCUUUUGAGACUAAUCCGCGAAAAGCAAGUGUUGAAAUCGUUGGAUGGAAAGAGAUUUCGAGCAGUCGACAUCUUUCAACAUCUAGAAGAACCGAUGCAUGAGAGAGGAUAUUUGAAGAAUGCCAAACAAAUGCAAACCCGUUUUAAAACAUUACGAUUUCAAUACAAUAAGUGUAAACGGCAAUUGAGUACAAGUGGUGCACAAAACUGUCGAUCGGACUUUCCCUUCUAUGAAGAAAUGAACGUUCUCCUAGGCGAUAGGCCAGUUUCACAACUGCAAGGUGUCGAUUCUGCACAAUGUUCGUCCAAGGAAUCAAAUUCAGAAUCGGACCAAUACGCAGAGGACGAUUAUGAAAAUACAGAUGUCGACACAACAUUAACUCAAGAACAAGAUGAUUUACAAGAGAAUACCCCCGAUCACGCUGCUGAGGAGUACAAUGCGACCCAGGAGUCUGAUGAACCAGUGCCAAAAAGAAGACGUUACUCUGAGAAAGGAGGACGACGAUCGUACCAACAAAACAUAGAAAAUUAUGCUAGAAUUUCAAAGCAAAAUUCUCUUGAAGUGCAGGAACGGCAAAUCGAGAGUGUUUCACAACUAUUUCUACAGCAAAGGGAAUAUGAAAAGGAAAUGAUGAAUAACUUUAUGGAACAACAUAAAGAGAUCAUGCAGCAAACAACGAAUGCCAUAAUUAGUUGUUUAAAUAAUGUUUUCCAUGUUCAUGAAUUGAAUAGACCAUCUACUUCUCGUUCUGAACCUAGCCGGCCGAGGGAACAUGUCAAGGGAUGUUUGUGUGUACAAUGUAUUAAUGUGGAAUAAGGACUUUAUUUUUUCUACAGUAAAUUUUUAUAAAAUACUUUGUAACAAUUUACAAUACAUUGUCUACUUAUA